AUGUUCCAUGAGGUGCUGCGGGGCCCGUUUCCACCCAGAGUGCUGCCUGUUCUGGCAGCAGUGCUUUUCCAAAGGAAGGAGAGGAAAGAGACUGGGUUUUAUCACUGGCGGUGGGAGAAGCACCCUUACUACAACCUAACAGUAAAAGUCCUCCGAGCCAGAAACAUCAAGGGUACAGAUCUGUUGUCCAAGGCAGACUGCUACGUGGAACUAAAGCUGCCCACUGCAUCUCCCAUAGUCUCCCGAACUCAGGUUGUUGACAACUCUGAUAACCCAGAAUGGAAUGAAACUUUCCAGUAUCGAAUCCAUAGUGCUGUCAAGAACAUUCUGGAAUUGACACUCUAUGAUAAGGAUGUCCUCGUCAGUGAUGAGCUCACGUCUAUCGUCUUUGAUGUAGGGGGCAUGAAGCCGGGUCAGCCCCUGCUGCGCACUUUCAGGUUGAACCCUGAGGUUAAUGAAGAGCUGGAUGUAGAGUUUUACUUGGAGAAAUGCUCAGAUGCCCCUGCAGAGGUAUUGACCAAUGGAGUCCUUGUGGUUCAUCCUUGCUUGUCUCUGCAAGGCACUGUCAACAAAGAGGAAAAAACAAAAGAGAAACAGCAAGGGAGCUGUGAGGUCAAGCUGUCUGUUCCAGGCGCAUAUCAAAAACAGUUAUGUAUUCCUUGGACACCAGACCAUGAGAAGGAUUAUGGAACCUCAUUUGUCUUUCAUGUGGAUAAAGAAAUGUGUCCAGAACUGCAAGUGGAGCUGGAGCAAACCAUAUCUGUCCUACAGGAUGGUAUGAACCCUGAUAUCGAAAAGCAUACCACAGUUCUGGGAUUGGGGACUGUACCAGUUAAUUCCCUUCCUCUUGGACAAAAAGUUGAUAGAAUCGUUUCUCUGGGAGAGGGACAAAGUCUGGAUAUGAGUUUGAAAACUGAAGAGAGCACUUGGGAUCUUGAUAUACGUCUGGGUUUUGACCUCUGUAAAGAGGAGAGAGAAUUUCUGGACAAAAGGAAGAAAAAAGUUUCUGAGGCACUGAGGAAGACUCUUCACUUAAAAGAAUCCCCUCCAAAAGAUGAGGUUCCAGUCGUAGCGGUACUGGGGUCUGGAGGUGGGAUGAGAGCACUGACAUCGUUCUAUGGCAGUCUUGCUGGGCUUCAGCAGCUGGGCCUUUUGGAUGCUGCAGUAUAUCUGUGUGGGAUUUCUGGCUCUACUUGGUGUUUAUCGACAUUGUAUCAAGACCCUGAGUGGUCUCAGAAAGACCUUCAAGAUGCAAUCAGAAGAGCUCAGGGUACUGUGUCCAGCAGCAAAGCAGGGGCAUUUUCCCCAGAACGACUGAAAUACUAUUUCCAGGAGCUGAAUGCAAUGGAGAUGAGUGGACGGAAAGUUUCCUUUACAGAUUUGUGGGGCCUUAUUGUGGAAUACUUUCUACAACAGAAGGAAGAUCCAUCAAAGCUGUCUGAUCAGCAAGAAGCAGUUAAACGGGCCCAGAACCCCUAUCCUAUCUAUGCAGCUGUCAAUGUGAGACCCAAUAUUAGCAGUGGUGACUUUGCAGAAUGGUGUGAGUUCACUCCCUAUGAAGUUGGAUUUCGCAAAUAUGGAGCUUUUGUCCGAACAGAGGAAUUCGACAGUGAGUUCUUCAUGGGACGGCUCGUCCAGAAACAUCCAGAGCCUAGGAUUUGUUUUCUACAAGGAAUGUGGGGCAGUGCCUUUGCUGCAAGCUUGGAUGAUAUCUGCUUGAAGGUGGUUGGUAUAGGACUGGGCUUUCUAGAUCCUUUCAAAGAUGUUAUCAAAGUUGUAGAUGACUGCCGAAGAUUCCAUUUCCGAGAUCCAACACGACUGAAGACUCGCUUGGUUAUACCUGGGGGCCCCUUGUUACAAAUUUUUCAGGAUUUCUUCAAGUCCCGGGUCACGUGUGGAGAAACCUUCAACUUCAUGCAGGGAUUGUAUCUUCAUAAAGAUUAUGUUAACAUCAAGAAAUUUGUGACUUGGAGAGGCACUCAUCUGGACGCGUUUCCCAACCAGCUGACCCCCAUGGAAGAGAGCUUGUAUUUAGUGGAUGGUGGCUUUUCUAUCAACUCUCCCUUUCCUUUGGUACUUCAACCAGAGAGGGAUGUGGAUGUUAUCUUGUCAUUCAAUUUUUCCUGGGAAGCUCCAUUUGAGGUUUUAGAGCUGACUCAGAAAUACUGUGAGGAGCGGGAAAUUCCUUUUCCAAAAAUCAGAUUGAGUGAGGAAGAUGAAAAGAAGCCAAAGGAGUGUUACAUGUUUGUGGAUGAUAAUAAUCCAAAGGCUCCAAUUGUGCUCCAUUUCCCAUUGGUGAAUGACACAUUCCAGAAAUACAAAGCUCCAGGAGUUAAACGUGAGUCAGAAGAAGAGAAAUCCUUUGGUGACUUUGUCAUUGAGUCAAAAGAUUCUCCUUACCGUACACUAAAUUUCACCUUUGAGCCGUAUGAUUUCAGCAGGUUAGUAGAAGUGAAUCGCUACAAUGUUCUGAACAGCAAGGACACACUCUUCAAAACCCUAAACUUGGCUCUGCAAAGGAGAAAGUUGAAGAAAGUCAUCAAUACGUCCAAUACAUGAGCGGCUUCCAUAGCUGAGGAUACACACAGCCUGCACUGUACGAAAGCCAAGACAGAAUACUGAAAACUAAUAGCUGGAAACUGUCUUCUUGGGAAGGGAGUAGCACGUGUGACACUGAAAAUUC